AUGAUGAUUUGUACUAUACGGUCAAUACCAAAGAUAGAGGUACCGAGUGUAUAUACAUCCAUACGACAUAAAUGUUCUAAAUCGUCUAAUCGUUGGUUGGAACGUCAAACGAGAGAUCCUCAUACCAAACAAGCCAAAACGUCAUAUUAUAGAUCCAGAGCAGCAUACAAGCUAAUUGAUAUCGAUAAGAAGUAUCGAUUAUUUAAUAAGAAUUCUCGGAAUAUUAUUGAUCUAGGAUUUGCACCUGGGAGUUGGACUCAAGUGGCAGUAGAGAGGAUGAAGUCUAUAGGCCUUGAAUCAAAAAUACUAGGUGUUGAUUUGAUAAAUUGCAGCCCACCUCAAGGUAGUCAUUUCAUACAAGGAGACAUACUAUCACGAAAGACCCAAGAACAGAUCAGACAGUUCUAUUAUAAUCAAGAUGGAAAUGAAACAGAAGAUAUCGACAAUAACCACAUAGAAGACAAGAAUUUACCUGUUGAUUUAGUGCUAAGCGAUAUGAUGGUCAAUACUUCUGGGAUAAAAGAUAAUGAUCAUUUUGCUAGUAUGGAUUUAUGUGAUGCAGCAAUUAUAUUAAGUUUGAAUUUACUUAAAAGUAAUGGUUCGUUGGUUAUGAAGUUUUAUACGGGAAAGGAAGAUGUGUUACUUGUAAAAAGAAUGGAAAAGAUUUUUGAAAAAGUUUAUCGUAUGAAGCCGGAUGCUUGUCGAGAUGAACUGAGAGAAAUGUACAUAAUAGGACUCAAGAAAAGGAAGGAUAAUGUCACUGUACAAGAUAUAUUUAGUUAG